CAGCGCUGUGCUCAUUGUAGUCAGCCAUUAGCUUCAAAACCUUGUUGGGCAGCUCAUGCCUUGGAUGGGUGCUGCUGACCAGGCUUUGAGCCAAGCUGGCAUGGUUUUGUAAUUUUGCCAUUGGUAUUCCACAUCAUAGCAUCAUGGACAGCCCGGGUAAUUACAGGGUUAAUAGUCCGGUUCUGUGUACUGACAACCUUCCAGAUACCUGCUUCUCGAAAGAGAAGAAGAACUGCGUAUCCCAGAGGACCUCACGGUCAGAGAGGGAAGAUACGGCACUGAAAUCACAGGUUAUGAGUUGCGUGAUCAGGCUCACACUCUCUCUCUGGCAGCCACGCAGAGUGCUGGGUGUGCUUCCGAGCUGUGCGCCUUCAUUCAAGCAGACCUUUCGGUUUUGGAAACUUUCUCUUAUUUUAUCUUUUUUAUAACCCGUACUUUCAAUUUGAUUGUAUUAUAUUGUGUUAUCUUGCAUUCCAAUAUCACGGUUAGUAAAAUAAGUUUUCCACCUUAGAUUGUGGCCACUGCUCUGUUCUUUUUCCCUCUCUGAGCCCAGCUCCCAUUCCCCCGUCCCCUUUCCCUUCCCAUUUUUGGGUGCCAGGGGGCCCACAGGCCCACGGCCUCCCUGUCACGGGCAUAGACUGAUCUAGAUUGAGCUAGAUAACUCCGUGACAGCUUUUGGUGGAGAAUGCGGGCAAUCUGAAGCUUUUAACGCUAACAGAGAAAAGAAAGGAUUUCUUUAAGCUGGAGACUGCCAGACUGCAAGGCAGUGCUAGUGUGACCUUCAUAGAUGAGAUUAUAGUCUGGGCAGUCUGCCGAACUCCGGACACUGUACCCAGUAGUUAUUGUUGUUGUUGUUUUUCCCCCCAUUUUAGCAGCUACCAGCUAUGAGUCUGCUCUUUAUUGCAGGAGCGUUGUAUAAGGGAUGAAGGACAAUCAUGAUCUUGGGAAAUUAUUGGCCUAUAAUUAACAUCAUGAUUUCGUGCUGUGGAAUUGUGUUCAUGUAUAACCAAAUAAGGGCCCUGAUGGAGACACCUGCCUGGUACCAUUAUGCAAUGUGGUAUCAUUUUAAGUUUGACACUUUCAAACCAGUUUCCAGCCUUCCUUCUCAGUUUGUCACACGUUUUUUCAACUGCCGAGCUGGAGCUCAUACUCUUGUGCACGUUAUCGAUCUCCUUGAAUGUUUUCUUCUCCAUUUGUGUUAUGUGGAAGAAGUCUCCUCCAUAACCAGAGAAUGCUGACUGGCAGGGAAUAUGGAGAGGUUUAGGAGAAAACUUAGAAGCGUGGGGACCCGCAAUGUCAUGGCACUCCACUCUUGGACACCUGUGGGAUCCCAGGAAACGAAGCCAGUAUUUGAGUCAGGGAUGGUGUGGCUCAGAUAGAUCGAAGGAGGUACGGCUUAUUUGGGGCUUGGCUUGUGCUUACCGUGCUCUAUGUAAUACUCUUCUGGAGAGAGAGAGUUUCCAAGCAGAGGUUGAAGCCAAAGGGGGAAAUCUUGAAGUCGAAUCUGAUCAGUCACAGGAGACACCAGUAGCAGUGUCAGCUGCCCCUGUGGAAGGCAAGAAAAGGAAGUGGGUGUCCACGCGUCUGGAAUGGAAAAAAGAAGCAGCAGCAGCGGAGGAGGAGGUAGAGGAAGAUCCAGGCCAGGGGGCCUCCUCAGAGCCACAAAAGGCAAAAGCAAAAACCAAGAGACACGGAGAGGCGAGUGAUGAAGAGGAAGUCUCUAUUUCUGUUUGCCGACCUCUGAAGAUGACUGAAAUCCAAGGCUCAAGGAAAGAGUUUACACGGCAUCCGAACAAAACCCUUGUCACCUGGUUGCUUCGCUGUUGGGACGGGGGGGCCAGUAGCUUGUCUCUGGAUAGUAACAAAGCCCGCCAACUAGGAGGCAUUGCCAAAGACUCAUCUAUUGACAGAGGGAUUAGUAGAUGUUUGGAUGGAGCCACCACCCUCUGGGAACGAAUGUUAGUAGCCGUCAGGGAAAGGCAUCCCGUCAGAGACAGUCUGAAGCCUGUGAUGAAGAAGUGGGAUACAGCUGAAAAAGGUAUCCAGUAUUUGAGGGAAAUAGCUGUGGUGGGAAUGGUGUAUGACCCUAAUUUUGCUCCUAACGAUCCACGCCAAGGUCAUGAUCCGCAGAGAGUGAGAACAAUGCCUGAUAUAUGGCAGAAACUCACAAGAACAGCACCAGAUCUACCCUCAACACACGCUUCCAUUUCAGCCAUCUCAGAAUGAGCAAAGACUGGAUGAAGUACAAGAACAAGUGUCUCUAUUGAUAAAUCAUGACGAACCUGUAGAAGUAUCAGAAACGUUUGAUGAAGAUCAGGAUAAGCAAAUGGGCCUAAUGAAAGAACUGAUCAAGCUAAUGAAAAUCCACUUAAUUAAAGGGGAUGGACCCUUCUCCUCACCUGCAUCAUCAAAAAUCUCAGCUACUGAAGGCAAAUUCUUUCCUGCUCAAAUGAGGAACAUUGUAGGAUUGCAUCGUGUAUUGCCUCUUGGUGUCACCUCAGUGACCACAGAGAAGACAUGAGGAAGUGGCAUGACCACACUACUCCUGUACUGCGAGCACGGGUGAGAGAAUUACAGAACUAAUCAACCAGCGGUGUAGUUGCUCCAGUUACCACAGGUAAUGAAUAGAGGGGCCCUGCCCUCAGUCAGGGAGGGAGAGGGAUAACAGAGUUCAUUGGACUGCACAGAUCCGAUGGCCUGGCACAUCAGAACCACAGAAAUAUAAGGCCCUGGUGGAUACUGGUGCACAGUCCACUCCAAUGCCCUCAAGUCAUGAAGGGACAGAAUCAAUCCGUAUUUCUGGAGUGACUGGGGGCUCUCAAGAACUGACUGUGUUGGAGGCCGAAAUAAGCCUCACUGGUAAAGACCGGCAAAAAACACCCGAUUGUGACUGGCCCAGGGGCUCCAUGCACGCUGGGUAUCGAUUCCCUCAGAAGGGGGCAUUUCAAGGAUCCCAAGGGGUAUCGCUGGGCCUUUGGAAUAGCUGCUGUAGAUACAGACAACAUUCAGCAGCUGUCUGUUUUGCCUGGCCUGUCAGAAGAUCCGUCUGUUGUGGGGUUGCUGCGAGUAAAAGAGCAGCAGGUACCGAUUGCCACAAAAGCAGUGCACAGACGGCAGCACUGCACCAACAGGGAUUCCUCGCUCGCCAUUCAUAAGUUGAUUUGUCAACUAGAGAGUCAAGGAGUGAUCAGCAGAACGCACUCGCCUUUUAACAGCCCCAUAUGGCCAGUGCGUAAAGCCAGUGGAGAACGGAGGCUGACGGUAGACUACCGUGGCCUGAAUGAAGUCGCACCCCCACUGUGUGCUGCUGUGCCGGACAUGUUAGAACUGCAAUAUGAACUGGAGUCAAAAGCAGCCAAGUGGUAUGCCACCAGUGACAUUGCUAAUGCCUUCUUUUCCAUUCCUCUGGCCACAGAAUGCAGGCCGCAAUUUGCCUUCAGCUGGAGGGGCGCUCAGUCUACUUGGAACCGUUUGCCCCAGGGGUGGAAACACAGCCCAACCAUUUGCCAUGGGUUAAUCCAAACUGUACUGGAACAGUCAGUGCUCCUGAGCACCUGCAGUACAUUGAUGGUAUUGUUGUGUGGGGCGAUACAGCAGAGAAUGCUUCUGAGAAAGGAGAGCAAAUAAUCCAGACCCUUCUGCAAGCUGGUUUUGCUAUCAAGCGAAGCAAAGUGAAAGGACCUGCCCAGGAGAGUCGGUUCCUAGGUAGAAAGUGGCAAGAUGGGCGCCGUCACAUCCCAGCAGAUGUGAUGGACAAAAAUCACUGCCGUGUCUCCACCCAUUAGUAAGAAGGAGACACAAUCUUUUCUGGGUGUAGUGGGCUUUUGGAGAAUGCGCGUUCCAAACUAUAGCCUGUAGGAGAGUGGCUCAGGGAGCAAGGAGUUGUGAGCUUGAGUGCUAUGUGCACAACCCAGGCUGUGAGACCUUGAAGCUGUCAAAGCAGGAAGACAAACUGAGGCUUCACUUAAGAUAAGGGGGUAGCUAGCCUGGGAAGAGAUCAAGACAGUGGAAUGCGAAGAACAGUGAAAAAAAACAUGUGAUGCUUAAUGCUGUACCAAUAGCUAGCAAGCAAGACACGUGAUUUCUGUGUGCUAACCAGUUAUAAGUUGCCGUGUGUACCCUGUAUUUCUGUAUAAGUAUGAGCUGAUUCGGGCAAUAAAGGAUUAGAGGAGUUUCCACCAGUACUUCUGUGAAGACGCGUGGAUUCAUUCAGGCCGCCUUCCUUGAAGUGGCGCCCGAACAGGGACCCGGGAAAGCCACACAAGUUGCCACAGCGGUUCGACGUGGAGGCAGCGGGAUGCUCGAGAGUUGCCACAGUGGUUUGACAUGGAAGGCAAGGAGAAUGGGGAAGGUUGCAGCGGGUAAACGCUGUGUGCCGAGAGGGUGGUAGCUCAGAGCAUCGUGUGCCAGACGCAUGGAGACUUGGACCCGCGGUGGGGUGAGUGCCAUGUGCCGGGAUGGGUGGCCACUCGGGUAGGAAGAUUGCGCAGCUUCCUCCUCGGCCACUUGCUGCUAGCAUGGAUGUGGAAUUUGCAGCAGCACUGACACUGCUUCUCAGUAUCCUCGCUAAGCGAGGGGAGACAGUGAAGGACAAAGACCUAGCUAAGCUAGUAUCGUAUCGGGACAUAGAACAAGCAGAGUCACACAGUGCACUAUUUUUUCACGUCUGUCUUGAACAAUGGAGAUGGGUGGUGGGACACCUGGAGCUCUGGGUUCAGGCCCACGACUGCACUGAUGAUAAACUCCCAGUGGGCUGUGGAUGUGGGUGGGAUUUGCUGCUCCAGUUGCAUGCGUGUAAAUCUAUGUCCCAGUUGACUGGAAGCUGGAAACAGCUGAGUUUCCAGGCAGGACAAGACGGAAGACCUUGUCAAUUCCAGGCCUGCCAGUCUCCCUUUGGUGCCUGGCAAAAUCACAGAGGAGGUCAUUGUGAGAGUUACUGAAAAAUGCUUCAAAGACAGCACAGUCAUCGUUGUCAGUACAGGUUAGGGCUGACUUUCUGGAAAGGAGCUUUGAGGAGAAGGACCUGGAUGUGGUGGUGGUCAGCAGGUUGGCCAUGAGCCAGCAGCGUGCCCUCGUGGCCAAGGGAAUCCUGGGGUGCAUUAAAUGAGUGUGACCAUCAGACUGAGGAAGGUGAUCCUCCCCUUCUGCUCUGCCCUGGUGAGGCCACAUCUGGACCACUGUGUUCAGUUCUGGGCUCCUCAGCACAUGACAGGCAGGGAACUGCCGGAGAGAGACUAACAGGGGUCUGCAGAGGUGAUUGAGGCCGGGAGGAACCCCACUGUGAGGAAGAAGAGCAACAGGUUUGGGGGAAUCAGACAUUUCCUGGAGCGGUGAGCAUGGGGUGCCCUGAUACACUGUGAGAUGAGGUCAGUGUGGUCAUAGCCAUCAGCACACCCUCCACUGCCCCAUUCAUUGCUCCCAGUGGGCUGUGGACGUGGGUGGGAUUUGCUGCUCCAGUUGCAUGCGUGUAGAUCUAUGGCCCAUGGGGUUUAUCCAGGGACCUUGGGAAUUGCAAGAUGUCCCAGCUGACUGGAAGCUGGCAAACAUCUGAGUUUCCAGGCAGGACAAGAAGGAAGACCUUGUCAAUUCCAGGCCUGCCAGUCUCCCUUUGGUGCCUGGCAAAAUCACAGAGGUGGUCAUUGUGAGAGUUACUGAAAAACGCUUCAAAGACAGCACAGUCGUCGUUGUCAGUACAGGUUAGGGCUGACUUUCUGGAAAGGAGCUUUGAGAAGGACCUGGAUAAUCCUGGGGUGCAUUAAAUGACUGUGGCCAUCAGGUUGAGGAAGGUGAUCCUCCCCUUCUGCUCUGCCCUGGUGAGGCCACAUCUGGACCACUGUGUUCAGUUCUGGGCUCCUCAGCACAUGACAGGCAGGGAACUGCCGGGGAGAGACUAACAGGGGUCUGCAGAGGUGAUUGAGGCCGGGAGGAACCCCGUUGCGAGGAAGAAGAGCAACAGGGUUGGGGGAAUCAGACAUUUCCUGGAGCGGUGAGCAUGGGGUGCCCUGAUACACUGUGAGAUGAGGUCAGUGUGGUCAUAGCCAUCAGCACACCCUCCACUGCCCCAUUCAUUGCUCCCAGUGGGCUGUGGACGUGGGUGGGAUUUGCUGCUCCAGUUGCAUGCGUGUAGAUCUAUGGCCCAUGGGGUUUAUCCAGGGACCUUGGGAAUUGCAAGAUGUCCCAGCUGACUGGAAGCUGGCAAACAUCUGAGUUUCCAGGCAGGACAAGAAGGAAGACCUUGUCAAUUCCAGGCCUGCCAGUCUCCCUUUGGUGCCUGGCAAAAUCACAGAGGUGGUCAUUGUGAGAGUUACUGAAAAACGCUUCAAAGACAGCACAGUCGUCGUUGUCAGUACAGGUUAGGGCUGACUUUCUGGAAAGGAGCUUUGAGAAGGACCUGGAUAAUCCUGGGGUGCAUUAAAUGACUGUGGCCAUCAGGUUGAGGAAGGUGAUCCUCCCCUUCUGCUCUGCCCUGGUGAGGCCACAUCUGGACCACUGUGUUCAGUUCUGGGCUCCUCAGCACAUGACAGGCAGGGAACUGCCGGGGAGAGACUAACAGGGGUCUGCAGAGGUGAUUGAGGCCGGGAGGAACCCCGUUGCGAGGAAGAAGAGCAACAGGGUUGGGGGAAUCAGACAUUUCCUGGAGCGGUGAGCAUGGGGUGCCCUGAUACACUGUGAGAUGAGGUCAGUGUGGUCAUAGCCAUCAGCACACCCUCCACUGCCCCAUUCACUGCUCACCUUCUGUACUGCACAGGGAGUAGAAGGGCCACAGUGCCAGGCAGACGAGCCCCAACAUCGAGACCGAGACCUCCCCGCCCAUCAGCAGCUUUGUCUGAGUUUCAGCUGGGAUUGAACUGUUUUCUUCAGUGUGUCUGGUAUGACCUUAUGUUUUGGUUCCAGGGGAAAAACAAUGUUGCUAAUGUUUGCAGUUGCUGCUCAGCAGUGCUGUCCAGAGCCGAGGCCAUUUGCAGCAAAGGACCCAGGCAUUUGGGAGGGAAGAGAACUAGGACAGCUGACUGAAGUGGCCAAAGGGAUAUUCCGUGGCAUGUGACAUCAAGCAGGAGGAUUUUUGAAGGGGGUUGGAGUUCAUUUUGCUCAGUCGCGCUGCUUGGAGGGCUAGCUGGGCGUUGCCCUGGGAGCGUUGAGCAAUUGCUUUCGCAUCACUUGUUAAAUACAUUUCUAUAGAGAGAUAUAUAUUUGUCCUGAUGAUUAUCCUUUUCCUUUCCUCUGUCUUAGUAAAUAUUUUUCUCUCAACCCUGUCGUUCUAGUUUGUUUUGUUUGUUAUUUUCUCCUCCAUCGCACUGGGUUGGGGGGUGGGGGGCGGUGAGUGAGCAUCUGUGUGGCUGUGUGAGCCACCUGCCAGGUUAAACCACCACAGGAGGGUCCCUUGGGAGUCAUUCAUGAAGGGUAAAGAUGUCCAGGAAGGCUGGACACUUCUCAUGAGGGAAUUCUCAAAGGCACAGGAGCAGACCCAGCCAGCAUGUGUUCAUGAAAGGCAGGUCCUGCCCUUUGGUCACAGCAACCCCAGGCAUCACGAAAGGUUUUGGGGCAGAGUGGCUGGAAAGCCGAGCAGAGGAAACAAACCUGGGGGUUUUGGUCUGUAGCCAGCUGAACGUGAGCCAGCAGUGUGCCCAGGAGGACAAAAGGCCGGUGGCAUUCUGAAUGGACACCUGCCCUUGGGUGCUGGAGCAGAGGUGCUGAGAAACGGGUGAGCAUGGUGAGAGCACUGGAUGAUCACGGGUUCACUGUGAAUGGACCGUGGGGAUUGCGGAUCAAAAGGGGGAGCAUGGAGUGGGCAAGAGGGCCCUGGAACAAAUAGCGGGUGACGGUGAGAAGACUAUGGGCAGGCAGUGGCAUUUCUAUCAGGUGACCGUGUGGAGAUGGCAGGAGUAAUAUAAGGAGAACGCGGUGUGAGAAUUGGGAUGGUAAAGAGGUGACCACGGCGUGAGUAUGGUGAAACUACGGGGUGACCACUGGAUGAGCAUGGCAAUGUCAUGGAGGGACCACGGGGCCAUCCGUGGGGCUCAGGCAGUGGGUGGAGCCCUGUGAGUGACACGGCUGUUCCCAGGCAGAGCAGCAGCACCGAGCAUUCCUCCAGACCUCAGAGCAGACAGACAGGCGGAUGCCACACGGGACAGUGCUAUCAUGCCAAGGCUGAUCGGGGUACCCGCAACGGAGAUCUGCCUGGAGACGGGUGAUGCCACCCAGCCCAGGCACUCACUGCUCCAGAGCAGCGGCGCGGGCUGCCGGCACCCUUCCUCCUCCUCCGGCAGCAGCCAUGGGGAGCGGCCGUGUCCUGGUGGCCGGGGCCGUGCUGGUAGCACUGGUGGCGCUGGGAGCACGGCUGGCCGCCGGCACGCGGCCCUCAGCAUUUUUCCAGUGGAGUGCUACAGUUGAGUGCCACUUCCUCAACGGCACCGAGCGGGUGAGGUUUCUGGUGAGGCACGUCUACAACCGGCAGCAGUACGUGCACUUCGACAGCGAUGUUGGUCUCUUUGUGGCCGAUACAGUCCUGGGAGAGCCUUCUGCUAAACUCUUCAACAGCCAGCCGGACGUGCUGGAGAAGAACAGGGCUGCAGUGGAAAUGCUCUGCAACUACAACUACGAGAUAGUGGCCCCUUUGACGCUGCAGAGGAGAGAGCCCAAGGUGAGGAUCUCUGCGCUGCAGUCGGGCUCCCUGCCCCAAACCGACCGGCUGGCUUGCUACGUGACGGGCUUCUACCCGCCGGAGAUCGAGGUGAAGUGGUUCCAGAACGGGCAGGAGGAGACAGAGCGCGUGGUGUCCACGGACGUGAUCCAGAACGGGGAUUGGACGUACCAGGUGCUGGUGGUGCUGGAGAUCAGCCCACGGCACGGGGACAGCUAUGUGUGCCAGGUGGAGCACACCAGCCUGCAGCAGCCCAUCACCCAGCGCUGGGAGCCCCCGGGGGAUGUGAGCAGGAGCAAGCUGCUGAUGGGCGUCGGGGGCUUUGUGCUGGGGCUCGUCUACCUUGCACUGGGGAUCUUCUUCUUCCUGUGCAGUAAGAAAGGUCAAUGAUGAAGAUGUUGAGCAAGAUUGGACCCAGAAACACUCCCUGGGAAACACUGCUACUUACAGGCCUCCAACCAGAAUCUGCACCAAUAAUCACAACCCUCUGAGCUCUGCCAGUCAGCCAGUUCACGGUCCACCUCACUGUUCUCUCACGCUUCCUAGGAAUUAUUAACUGGGAUCAUUCUCCUGGCUGGGUGGCCUAUAGAAGACCCUCACCUUAAACGUUGCCCCAUAAAUGUUACCUGGGGGCUCUCAGCCAUGUCAUUGGGAACAGCAAGCUUCAUGCAUCCCAGCCCACCAUUACAAACAGCAACGCCAUACCGUCUCACUGCCAAUCUGUCCUGGAGAGCCCAGAGCCAUCCAGUACACAUAGUGCGUGUCAUAGAACCCUUCCCACCACACCUUGCUUAUGCUAAUGAUGUUCUAGCUCCAAGACCAAGCCAAAAGCUUCCCCCUCCUCCUGCUUACACCUCACGCUGUGUGCAUUGCUAUAGAAACGUUUACAGGGUGCUCCAGUGUGCCCAACUCCAGGUGGAGCAGAUCCAAAUGCCUUAUGAGCACGCCAUGCCUCCAAAUUCGGAUGGACACCAAGACAAACAAACAAACAAACAGACAAAAAAAACCCAAUAAUGCCUAACAACCGUGCAGAUGGAGACCUGGAGAGCUGCUUGUUCACUGUUGAGCUCUGUCUGUGAGGCUGCACCAGCUCUGGGCUGUGCAGAGCUCGCGUGUUACACAGAGGGCAUACAUUUCUGCUGGGUGGAUACAACUGCUGGUUGAACUGGCUGAGUGACAAAGCCCUCCCUGCACACCCUCCCAUGCAAGUUUGCGUUAGGAAGGGAGAUGGGGCUGUGUGCCAAACUGGCCUUCCCCCAGAAGCAUGCAAGGACCUGGAGUCAGACCUUCUUGCACCUUUCCCUGUCCUUCUACCACGUUUUGUCUUUUAUUUUAGGAAAAUAGGGCCAGAGCAGAAGGAAAACAAAAGCUCCAGGACAACUCAGCUAGUUUACUCUCCUUCCUCACUUUUCCCCUUUCACAAUCCACAGAAAGGCCAUUAGCCACACAAGGGAAGAAAUGAUCAGGUGUGUGAGGAGCAGAGCAAACCAAGCUUAACUUCCAAGGCCGGUCUCUUCCACGUGACUGGUCUGAGGUCUAACACAAGGAUGAAGGGAAAGCUUGCAGGGAGGAUGUCCUCUUCUGCUCGCAGGUCAUUUUUAGUCAAUCUCCAAGAGACAUUUUACUAUUCUCCUGACCCUUGUACACGAUUCAUCAGUGGACCCUGACAUUACUGGCAGGAACACGUGCACACAGAACAUCCCUACGCAGCUGCACUUUGUUAAGAAACGCCUUCAAAAAGCUGCAUGCAGGAAGAGCAGAAGAGAAAACCGGGCGUGGGCAGAGGUCUUCUUCUAUUAACAGGAAAAGAGACCAAGAACGUCCCGGAUGUAAGUCCCUUUUCCAGAGAGAGUGCCAGUGAUGCCACCUCUUUUCCUAACUUUCUGUAUGUUGAGAAGCAUUAGGGCCUCUGUCAUCCUCGGGGUCUCCAGCAUCCUCAGGGUCUCUCCAGUGGGGGUUUUCCCAUGAAAAAUGAGGUGCCGGCCCUCAAAGAAACUCCUCCUGCACGUGAGACAGUUGCAGAGCCUACCUCUCACACACAUUAGCCAACUUUUAAUAAAGCGGGGGCCCUGGAUGAAGCUCUGCCUGCAGUGCAGGCAUUUCUAAGGUCUCUGCCCUGAGUGGAUCCUCUGCAACUUGAUCGGGCUGGAGCUGUGGUUGAAGCUCUUCUUACACCCGGGAUAGAGAGAAAGGUCCCACUUGGAGGCUGUGGCAAGCAGCCUCAGGAGAGACCCGAGGCUGACCCCUUGGAUUCCGGAGUCGAGCAUACAGGGGGUCUGAAGAGCGCUACGCUCCAGCUGAAAAGGAGAUGUUAGCCGCGUACGAGGGGGUAAAGGCUGCUUCCGAAGUAGUUGGUACUCAAACGCAGUACUCCUCCUUCCGCUUGAGCACUUGAGCUAGUGCUCAACUGGAUGUGUACAGGAAAGGUUCCCUCCAUCCAUUGUGCUACUGAUGCCGCUUGGAGUAAGUGGGUUGCAUAGAUUACACAAUGAGCCCAAAUGGGGAACCUCAGUCGCCCACAAAUCUUAGAGGUGAUCAUGGACUGGCCUGAGGGCAAAAAGUUUGGAACAUCGCCAGCAGAACAGGUACUGUGUGCUAAAGAGACUGCGGCAUACAACGAAUUACCAGAAAAUGAAAUUAGCCCUCCUCUCUGAUGGCUCACGUCGUCCCGUGGGGAAGCAUCGCAGAUGGAAAGCUGCUGUGUGGAGCCCCGUGUGACAAGUUGCGGAGGCCACCAAAGGAAAAGGAGAAUCAAGCCAAUUUGCAGAGGUGAAGGUUGUCCAACUGGCUUUAGACGUUGCUGAACAGGAGAGGCGGCCAGUGCGUUGCACUGACUCACGGAUGGUGGCAAAUGCCUUAUGGGAAGGUGGGGGGUGGUGGUUACAGCGGUGAGAACAAAACAAUUGGCAAAGAAGGGGGAGAUCUAUUUGAGCUGCUGAGCUGUGGAAAGAUACUGCUGCCCGAAUAAAGAAUAUGGUUGUAAAGGCGUGUUCUGUAGAUGCUCGUGUACCAAAGAGUCGGGCUACUGAAGAACAAGAAAAUAAUCAUCAGAUAGAUCAAGCCUCUAGACUUAAGGUGUCUCAAAUAGACUUGGACUGGCAACACAAGGGUUAAUUAUAACACAAGGGUAACGGUCCCAUGGAACCUCAGACCAUCAAGGAAGAGGUGCAACAUUUAAGUAGGCUGGGGACUGGGGGCUGACUUAAGUAUGGACGCUAUUGCACGGGUUAUUCCUGACUGUGAAACAUGCACUGCAAUUAAACGAGCCGACAGGAUGAAAACUCUCUGCGGGGAAGGGCAAUGGCAGAAGUAUGAAUAUGGGGAGGCGUGGCAGGUUGAUUCUAUCACCUUGCCACGAUCUCACAACGGUAAGCAUGAGGUGCUUAC